CCGUUACGGCGCGGGCGUGGUCACGUGGCCGCUGGUCACCGCCGCCGCCACCCCCUCCCGUCCUGUUCUCUAUCUGGUCGGGUCCGGCCCGGCCGGCACCACGAGCGCCCGGCAGAGACUGAGGGAGAGAGAAAGAGGAGGGGAGGAGGAGGAUUCAGGGAGUAGGAGCUGGGGAGCCCUCCUGCGCCACAGAAAAUUUCCAGAGACUUGGUGAAGAUAGGAAAGCUAUCAGAAAGACUAUAGCACUAUUGUACUGUAUUUGCUGUUUUUCCUGCAGCUCAGUUGAGGGAUAACUCAGCCAAUCUCUAUUUCUUGAUUCUUUACUUCCAAUUGGCCAACCAAGACUUUUAUUUGGCAAACUCUGUUGUACAGAGCCUGACGUCAUCUAUGACCCAUAACAAGAGCACGCGUUUUCAAGUGUCAGUUAGAUUUGUGGAUCAAUAAAGUUUUCUUGAAAGUUCCUUUUCUUAGGACAAUUGAAAAACAAGUUCCGGUGGGCUGGAGCUGUCCAUUUGUGCAGUGUAUUUUGGUCUUUCCCAUUAGCAAUCAGAUAGCAGCUCUGGAAAAACAACUCUUUCCUGCCUGAGGGUGGUCACUCUUGGUGACAUUGUCCAGUUCUCACAAUGUAUCAUUCCUUAUCUGAAACUAGACAUCCUCUGCAGCCAGAAGAACAAGAAGUGGGCAUUGACCCCUUGUUGAGUUACUCACACAAGCCUGGAGGAGAUUCAAAUCAAAAUGGAAGAAGAACAAGUUCUACUUUAGACUCUGAUGGAACUUUUAAUUCCUAUAGGAAAGAAUGGGAAGAACUAUUUGUGAACAACAAUUACCUGGCAACAAUAAGGCAGAAGGGGAUUAAUGGGCAGCUGAGAAGCAGCAGGUUCCGCAGCAUUUGCUGGAAGCUCUUUCUUUGUGUUCUUCCUCAAGAUAAAAGUCAGUGGAUAAAUAGAAUUAAAGAAUUAAGAGCAUGGUAUAGCAACGUUAAAGAAAUACACAUCACAAACCCGAGGAAGGUUGUUGGCCAGCAAGACUUGAUGAUCAAUAAUCCCCUUUCCCAGGAUGAAGGGAGUCUUUGGAACAAAUUCUUCCAGGAUAAAGAACUUCGGUCAAUGAUUGAACAAGAUGUCAAAAGAACGUUUCCUGAAAUGCAGUUUUUCCAACAAGAAAAUGUGAGAAAAAUUCUUACAGAUGUUCUUUUCUGUUAUGCUAGAGAAAACGAGCAGUUGCUUUAUAAACAGGGCAUGCACGAGCUGUUGGCUCCAAUGGUCUUCACCCUCCACUGCGACCACCAAGCCUUUCUUCAUGCCAGCGAGUCUGCACAGCCAAGUGAGGAAAUGAAAACUCUCUUGAACCCUGAGUAUCUGGAACAUGAUGCCUAUGCAAUGUUCUCACAACUUAUGGAAACUGCUGAACCUUGGUUUUCUACUUUUGAGCAUGAUGGUCAAAAGGGGAAAGAAACCCUGAUGACUCCUAUCCCCUUUGCUAGACCACAGGAUUUGGGGCCAACAGUUGCUAUUGUUACUAAAGUCAACCAGAUCCAGGAUCAUCUACUGAAGAAGCAUGAUAUUGAGCUUUACAUGCACCUGAACAGACUAGAAAUUGCACCACAGAUAUAUGGGUUACGGUGGGUACGGCUGCUGUUUGGAAGAGAGUUCCCCCUGCAGGAUCUUCUGGUGGUCUGGGAUGCCUUGUUUGCAGAUGGCCUCAGCCUGAGUUUGGUUGAUUAUAUCUUCAUAGCCAUGUUACUCUACAUCCGAGAUGCUUUGAUCUCUAGUAACUACCAGACCUGUCUUGGCCUUCUGAUGCAUUACCCACUCAUCGGGGAUGUUCACUCGCUGAUUCUUAAGGCUCUGUUCCUUCGUGAUCCCAAGAGAAAUCCAAGACCAGUGACUUAUCAAUUCCAUCCAAAUUUAGAUUAUUACAAAGCCCGAGGAGCAGACCUCAUGAAUAAAAGCCGGACCAGUGCCAAAGGUGCUCCCCUGAAUAUAAAUAAGGUCUCCACUAGCCUGAUGAAUUUUGGAAGAAAGUUGAUUUCUCCGGCAACGGCCCCGUGCGGUGCGGAUGGCCCAGUACCGGGAGGCAGUGGCGGUACCUCCUCCCCGGCUGUGGUUCCCCCCAGGACCCUAGCAGAGGCCCCCAAGCAUCCUCUGCAGCAGCAGCAGAGGCUGAUGAAAUCGGAAAGCAUGCCAGUGCAGCUGAACAAAGGACAAAGCUCUAAAAACAUCCGUUCAUCUCCAAGCAUUGAGAGUUUGCCUGGAGGAAGAGAGGUCACUGGCUCCCCACCUUCAUCUGCUACUAAAAAGGAUUCCUUUUUCAGCAACAUCUCCCGUUCACGCUCACACAGCAAAACUAUGGGCAGAAAAGAAUCUGAAGAAGAAUUAGAAGCCCAGAUUUCCCUCCUUCAAGGACAGUUGAAUGACCUGGAUGCCAUGUGCAAAUACUGUGCAAAGGUGAUGGACACUCAUCUUGUAAAUAUUCAAGAAGUGAUACUACAAGAAAAUUUGGAAAAAGAAGAUCAAAUUCUGGUUUCCCUGGCAGGACUAAAGCAGAUCAAAGACAUUCUAAAAGGUUCCCUGCGUUUCAACCAGAGCCAGCUGGAAGCCGAGGAGAACGAGCAGAUCACCAUCUCAGACGACCACUACUGCUCCAGCGGCCAGGGCCACCUGCCCAGGGCCGCCAAGCAGGCCCCUUCAGCAGCGCCGGGGUGCAUGGAGAAAGGCGACACAGACGACUUCAUCCUCGUCUCCAAAGACGACGAAGGGGGCAGCGCCAGGGCGCCCCCGGUGGGCCGGGCUCAGGCCCCGCGGCCCCUCCGGAGCUUGGCCCGGCGCGCCCCAGUGUUCUCAGACCCGCUGACCGGCCCAGCCUCGGCCUCGGCCUCGGCCUCGUCCGGCAGCCCCAGCUCCAGCCCCGACGACGACAGCAGUGGCAACAGCAAGGACUCGGGCUUCACCAUCGUGAGCCCCCUGGACCUCUGACCGCCGCCCGGCCACCCCCGCAGCCCCGUGAAGACGCCUCUGAAACCCAGCCUCUUCCCAGCGCGCACGUGGCCUUGGUGCAGCCCUUGAAACCUGCGGAGAGAAGCAGGGGGCCCGCUGAGCACGCCAGCAGACCUUCCCCAAAAUGCAGACGGCUUUUCCCUGUAGCUCACCCGGCCCCGCCAGUAAGGUCCCCAGCAUCACACUCACUGUCCAAAAAGACCAAAGCACAGCUAGGAUCACUUGCUCUGCCCUCUCCUCCCCAGCGAAGAAGGUGUGGCCACUCCAUCCGGUGUGUCUAGAAGGAAGAAGUGGGUUUCAAAUCUUCCCUCCCCCAGAGCAUCAGGCAUAGGAAAACUGAUAUCAAGAGAACACUCUCUCGGGAAAUCUGUAUCUCAGCCUAUUUCAUACUUCGUUCCUCCCUUGGGAAGCCACACAGUAGAGGCCAGGUGCAACCAAAUGGACUAGACCUAGUGGAUCCCAGGGCUGGAAAAAACCUCCCACAUAGUUACAGCGCGCUUUAGGAACAGGGUCUAAACUUAGGAGUCACAUUUACCUGCGACCCGGUUCCAGUUUUCUUCAUGUGUGAAAGAAUACAUUUCUAAACCUCAGACCACAUCAACUCUGGCCAUCACUGCCCCUCCUUAAACAAUUGUAUUUCAUCCUUUAGAAUCUUUCUUAGUCAGAAAAGAGGGUCACUUAGCCGCAAAUAAGCCAUGACUGUGUGCUCUGCUGAUUUGGGUCAUCGAGUGCUGCCUGGAGUGGGAUCUGGACAAGCAGGAGAAACACUGCGACUUGGGGGACAACCCCCCAGCAAGUGCGCCUGCUUUUUUCCUUUGAAGAGAGGGGUCAAAAGAAGGCUGACUUUCUUAGCAUGGAAACGUGGAGCAAACCCUGGGCUGGGUCACUUCCCCGACAGACUUUGUGACCUCGGGCACCGCAUUUUAUUGCUUUUGUCUGCAACAUCUGCAUCUGGGAAAGGACACAUCAGAUGGAAUGAUCUCAUAGUCCCCCUUCGGUUUUGAAGUUUGCUGGUUCUAAAAGCCUAUAUGAACCCUAGCCAAUGACAGGUGCCUUGGUCUCAGAGUCAUUUAAGUCACAUAUUAGAUAAUAUCUGCCAUUACUAUAAAUGUAGCAAUUUUUUUCAAUUUUGUAACAUUUUAAGUCAUUUUUUAUGAUUUCUUGAUUUUUCACUGAAUAUUGCUAUUUACUUGCCAGCUAAGUUCAAGGAUUGCUAACAAUAAUCUAAGUUACACAUUAUUUUAUUUCUCAGUCUACAAAUCUACUUUUAAUUCUUUACUAUUUUCUACAUAUUUUUGUUUUUGUUUUUGUUUUCGUUUUUUUUCCAAUGUAGAGUUCAUUUCAGAGCUAAGAGCCUAAGCUGCUGGCUGGUUGCUGGCUGGUGUGAGCAGGAAACCACACUAUUAUUCAAGUAACAGAGAGGUUUAAUUUUCUGACUGGAAUGACAUUGAGUGAAGACCAGUGGAGAUGUAUACCUUAAUUUAAGCACACUAUCAGCAGGCAAAUGACAAGAACUGGGAAAAGAAGGAAUUGUUUUGUAAAAGGAUAUUUCAGGGUCUGGGCAUAAAUAAAUUCAAUAUAUCAGCCUGAGCAUUUCCCUAACAACUGUGAUGAAAUAAUGAGGCACCAAGUUGUGGAUUCCACAUAGGUAUCUGGCUUACUUACCUGAGUCACUGAAAACAAUAUGGACAAAUGAAAAAGCAGUUAUUGAAGAUUUAGAAAGCUUUUACCCUUCCAAAAUUUGAGAGCAGUUUGCUUUAGGAGAAGCAGUAAUUAGGCUUCAGUGUCCAGUAGGUUUUCUAAAAUAGCAUGCAGUUUCACUGAUUUGGACAAUAAAGUCUUGGAUUAAAGACGGCUGGCCAGGGGAGCAUGGCACCCAUUCUAGCCCCUCCACCUGCCACUGGCUUACUGUCUGCACCAUGUCCAGGCUCACUCCCCUAUGGCAGGAAUCAACAGGCUGAGAAGGGGGAAGAGGUGUCGGUUGCUUUACAGACAGCUGCCACUGUGUAAAGUCAUGGCUGCUCUAUGUACUAAAAGCAAAAUGUCAAGCCAGACAAGCAGCUUAUUUUUGACAAAGCUGUUCACCAAGUAACUGGCCACUCUUCUUAAGAGUAGAAUAUCUUGAACUGGAAAUUUUUAAAAAGUUAAACUUUCAUUAAAUUCACGUACUGUUAUUGGAGAAAUAUCAUAAAAUAUCUUUUUAAUGUGACCACUACUUAAUACGAUGAAAAACUAUGUACAGUGUGUUGCUUCCAGGUUGGUUGCCUUUACAUUGUGUACCCAGCAGGUGUCUCCAGCCAGGAGUGUCCGUCCAGCCGCAGUGCCCUUGAACCUAGUGGCUCUCCAAGUUCAAGGCUACUUACAUUCUCCUUCGUAACCAUGGCUCAGCAGGCACGCCUCCAAAAACAUCUGGAACCCAGAGACCCCAGCAAUCAUACAUAAGUAAAACUUGUAGAUUCGGUUUUCCCCCAGUAAAUACUAAUAUUAGACCAUACAAUCCAUCUGCGUCUUAAGACAUUGUUUUCAGUUAGGAAAAGGUCUGUUUCUCGCUGGAACUAGAGUGGCUAGUCUGUUGUUCACACUGGAACUGAGUUAUGAUGUCUUUGUAUACAAAUAUAGCAUAUUUGGGCCAGGAAGAGAAUUUCUUGUUAAAGAGUUUAUUUGCCUCCACACGCAGGGUUGCUACAUACAUUCACAGUUUUAAUAGAUGGCAAUUAGCUAUUCCAGUUGUGCUUUAAAAUCCCCAAUAUUAUUUUUCAUUAGUGAGUGCAAAGCAAAUGUCCCAUCUGGCUACAAUUGGUCCUAGAGUUAUAAAUUCUGUAAUCAUCUCUAGAAGGUGCCCUCAUUCUCCAGUAUCAUCGUUUGCUUUUUCGGGUAUGACUUCAAGGCUCCGGCGCGGCUUCUGGACGUCAGUGUUUUCUGUGCCUGGUUUAUUGAGUCCACAGGACACAGCCGCGUAGUGGAUCUGCUUCAGGUUCUCCACGGUCUCGUUCUUGGCGUAUUUCAAGAGAUCCGCUUGUCCCUGUGAUAAAACGUGCAGUUAGUUAGUGUGAGAUGAGACAUGACUUGUGGUUACAGUUUUACAAUAUAGGUCUUCCACUGAAAUACAGAAAUAUUUUGCUUCCGCAAGAGGGCAUAUUUAUUUCUGAUCGGCACUGAAUCCAAAUAGGUCAAUUUUAACGAAAAAACAAGUUUGUUUUCCCGGUUCCCAAUGCCAGACUCCAAGAGUGUGCUGCCUUUUCAGUCCUUUCCGUUCUCUGGGUACUUUAUGUUUACAUACAUGGAAUCAAGCAGGCAGGGCUCUUGCUGAAUGUCCAGGGUGAUCUGCCCGCCACUCACCUGGGGUUGGGGCAGAGAGGCUGGAGCAGCCAGGAAAGGAAUGACCAUUGGCAGAUGCAAAACACCAGAGCCAGUGACCAGCCAUUGUCACACUUGGCCAAUCAACAAACUUACUGUCUGACCACAAAAGAUGUCCUAGUUGUUAAUACAUUAAAAAUAUUUCAAAUCACA